CAUCUUCGUCGAGUCACAGUUUGAUGCGGUGUUUGGUAUGGAGGUGUCAUUGGACCUUACUUCUUGGAAGACGCUGCAGUUGAAAUGCCCAGUAGAUCUUUUAACAUGCUGAGAAAUACCAUCCGGUUCAUUCAGACAUCUGUCACGUUUGGCAUCUAUUUCAAAUUCCAGUAUCAAUAAAAAUGUCUAAAAUACUACAAAAAUUGAAGAUCCAAUUCCAUAAGCACUCAAGCAACUUGCUAAAAAAUGGACUGUUACAUAAACUAUGUGGAAGAAACUCGUACUUGUCAAAAAAUAUUGGGCAUUCUGCUUUCAGCGGUCAUAGAAUCAAAGUAACUGUUGUGGGUGCCGCAGGUAAAGUAGGUCAACCACUAUGUUUAAUGUUGAAACAAUCACCACUGAUCGAAGAACUCUGCGUUCAUGAUAUAGUACCAACAGGUGGCUUUGCCUUGGAGCUGAACCAUGUUGAUACUAACUGCAAAGUAACUGCAUUUACAGGCAAGGAUAAUCUAGCCAAUGCCUUACAGGAUUCCAAUAUCGUAGUACUACUAGCAUCUGCCUCUGAUACAGACACGAUGUCUCUAGAACAGAUGUGGUAUCAGAACUCCCAUAUAGUUUUGGAGGUCAUGAAUACAUAUGCAAAGAUAUCUCCUCAGGCUUUCUUAGCAGUGGGCACCAGUCCAAUAAACAGUAUAGUACCAAUGUGCGCCGAAGUGAUGAAAAAGACGGGUGGUUACAACCCUAAUAUUUUAUUCGGCAUUACCGCCAUUGACUGUGUUAGAGCCAACACAUUCGUAGCUCAGUGUCAAGAUGUGGAGCCAGAAUGUGCCAUGGUUCCUGUUAUCGGAGGGCAUAGUGAAGAAACUAUGAUUCCUGUGCUGUCUCAGGCUAAACCUUGUGCCGAGUUCAGCAACAAUGAACUUGAAGAUUUGACGUUGAACAUUCGAAAAGCACAAGAGAACAUAGUGAAGUUGAUGCCGCAUGAAGCGGCUCCAUUGUCUACUGCUUUUGCUACGGCGAGAUUCGUCAUAUCUCUGGUGAAAGGAAUCAUGGGCUACCCAGAUGUUGUAGAAUGCGCCUACGUCCCUUCAAAGGUAAAGUAGGUCAACCACUAUGUUUAAUGUUGAAACAGUCAUCACUGAUCGAAGAACUCUGCGUCCAUGAUAUCGUACCGACAGGUGGUUUCGCCUCUGAGCUGAAUUACGUCGAUACUAACUGCAAAGUAACCGCAUUCACAGGCAAUGAUAAUCUAGCCAAUGCCUUACAGGAUUCCAAAAUCGUAGUUCUACUAGCAUCCGCCCCUGAUUCAAACAUGAUGUCUGUAGAAAAGAUGUGGUAUCAGAACUCCCAAAUUGUUUUGGAAAUCAUGAACACUUACGCAAAGAUAUCUCCAAAGCCUUUUUUAGCAGUGGGCACCGAUCCAAUAAACAGUAUCAUUCCAAUGUGCGCUGAAAUGCUGAAAAAGGCAGGUGGUUACAAUCCCAAUACUCUAUUCGGCAUCACCACCAUUGAUAGUGUGAGAGCCAACACAUUCGUAGCUCAAUGUCAAGGUGUGGAACCAGAAUGUGUUAUGGUUCCUGUCAUCGGAGGUCAUAGUGAAGAAACUAUGGUUCCUGUGCUGUCACAAGCUAAGCCUUGUGCCGAUUUUUGCAAAAAUGAACUUGAAAAUUUGAUGCUGAACAUUCAAAAAGCAGAAGACACUAUAGUGAAGUUGAAACCUCACAAAGUUGCUCCACUGUCUACUGCUUUUGCUACGGCGAGAUUCGUCAUAUCUCUGGUGAAAGGAAUUAAGGGCUACCCAGAUGUUGUAGAAUGUGCCUUUGUCCCUUCAAAGACGCAUGUCCAGUUGAAGUACCUAGCAACCCCCGUACAAUUGGGCCCUAAUGGUAUCGCUCGCAACCUAGGCAUCCCACCCCUAAGCGAAUUCGAAUCCCGCAUGUUGGACAAUGCCAUCCCUUCUUUGAUAGCCGACAUCAAGAGGGGUGAGAAAUUCGUGGGGGUGAUAGACCCUCCAACCCUGUGACACUUGCAGUUCUGACUAUGCAGCCCCGAAGUGCUUUAAAUCUUACAAAGAUGCCGUAGACUAGAAUCUCUGAUAUUGCUUGUAUUUACUUUAUCUUGUCCUUCUUUGACAUAUUCUGCUCAAUCAUAUGUAACAAUUGCCUAGUGUGGUACUUUUACCGAAUAUUUAAAACGCAAUGAUUGAAUGAUUAUUAAUAAAAUUUUGAACGUUAACA